UUUUCGCACACUGUCACACUCCGCCCCCAAUUCGUGGUUCUGGGUUUUCGUUGUAAAUAGUAAUAAUAACAAAGUAAUGCUGCACCUGACGGGCCAAAACUACAAUGCCCGCGACAUAAUCCGGAACAUCUUUUCGCCGCUAAUCGGAGUACUGAGCAGUCCCCAGGCGGACGAGAUCUGCCACCGGAACAACCUUUCCUUCGUGGAGCUCCUUCAGCCUUUCGCAAAGUUGCCCAACGAUGCCCACUUUCGUGAUGUUUCCGGCACAAGUGUGUCUGUGCGAGGACUACGCCUCAAUUUCUGUGAUGUGGACUGGAGGCCGCCGCAAACAGUUUUGGCCAGAAAGAUGCUUAAUGAGUCGGUGACCAAUGCCAACAAUGACAAAACCAGAAUAACUACCAUAGCGGACAUCGAUCUCGAGUUGCCGACAUCGGAACCGUGGUUCGAGCAAUGGCGUGAAACCUUUCUGACUGUCCAAUUCCCGGCCGAGCAUGAGUUCACGCGACAUCUUCUGAGCUGCCUGCUGGUGCUAUCCAGUGCUGAUCCCAAUAUAGUGGAAACUGCGCACAAGUUGGUCCAGAGAGUGCAACAGAUGCAGAGUAUCACACCCCAGAAGUUGCCAAAGUGGUUUCAUCCCACGGAGGUACUCAACAGCUAUGUGGUGCUGCACGAAGCCAGCCAAGGGGAUCUUUCGAAGGCCCAGCAGGGAUUCGAGCUCUUGAAAUCCACCUUUGGAGAUAGCAAAUGCUUUUUGGUAUCUGUGAAUUCAUUGGACGGCCACAGCGCACCCGAAGUACCGGAUCACUGGACCACUUUCAUCAAAAGGCAACCCAAAAGCGAUGCCACUAUACCCUCAACGGAUCUCAGCGCCCCCAAAUCCCCGCAAGAAGCGGUUUCUGUAAUAAGCAUGCCCGCAAUGCAAAUGUCCCAGCUGUUGGAGGGUGCCAAUCCCCAAGACACCGAUUUGGCUAUGCUGCACCCGCUGAGUCCAAUGCAGGAAAGUGCCACGGAAGCCAUUAACUCUAAAUUCAGCAUCAGUAGCGAAAGCAUCGCUUCCCAGACUAUUAAUCCCAAUGUUUGGGCCAACGAUCUAGAGGCGGAUGCCCCACACGGUGGAUGCCUCACCUCCCGGGACAUUGACAACCUGCGUCACUUUGUGCAGGACUAUGCUGUGCGUGCCUUGAUACCGUAUAUUGAGCAUCUGGUGGCCACACUCGCCGAGGGCGUGACCAACAAGAAGGGCGUAAGCAAGUCCCUGCUCAGUGCCACCAAGAGAUGGUUCGUCACCAGCAAACCAGGUGCAGGAGCUAAUAAUCAGAAUGCAGUGAUCUAUACCAACGAGUCGGCAGAACUUCAAACCCGGAAGUUGGGCGAUCUGUACUUCAUGUUUGGCCACUACAACCUCGCUUUCCAAGCCUACCAUCAGGCCAAGCGCGACUUCAAUGCGGACUCUGCCUGGCAAUACUACGCAGGAGCUUUGGAAAUGGCUGCCUUGUCUGCCUUCAUGCUGGGCACCGCCCACCGAAAGACCUACGACUACAUGGAGGAUGCCAUCGUCUGCUACUUGACGGUGUGCAAAUUGCAACAAUUUGCCACUCGAGCUACUCUUCUUAGUAUGGAAUGCUUGAAAACAGCGCGUCUGUACAACGAUGUGGCAAAGCAAUUGAUUCGCAUGACCAACGAAGAGUCAGAUCUUCGUUCUGCCUUACUGCUUGAGCAGGCGGCCUAUUGUUUCCUUGUCACCCAGCCUCCAAUGCACCGGAAGUACGCCUUCCACAUAGUUCUGGCUGGAAAUCGGUUCUCGCGAGCUGGCCAAAGAAAGCACGCCUAUCGUUGCUAUCGCCAGGCAUAUCAGGUCUUCCAAAAGCGGGAGUGGAGCUUGGCUGAGGAUCACAUUCAGUAUACGGUGGCUAAACAGGCCUAUAUGCUAAAGCAGCUUGAAGAGGCCAGUAGGUCCUUUGCUCACUUAUUGCGACCUGGAAGCUUGCAAAGUGCCCAACAGCAAAGCAGUUUCCUAAAGGAAUACAUACAAACGCAGAAUGAACUCCUCAAGCGCAGUCCCGAGCUAGGACUUCUUCCCCACGCCUUACCGCAGGUGGUGCAAUCCUCUGUGCGUGUCCUCACCUUAGUGCAAUCGCCCUCAGCUCUGGCGCCUCUGGUGCCCGCCACCAACAUAGACAUAAACUCUAAUCUGACUACGGACGAGUCUGUUUGGAACAAGAUCGAAGAGAUGCUGGUUAUCACGGCGGCUAACAACAAACCGUUUGUGUUCAAGCCCUCACGAUACUUGUAUACGAAGCAGCAGCCUGCCAUGGAAACCCCAGUGGCCGUGCAAGGAGAACCCAUCGAACUUGCUGUGACCUUGUCCAACAGCGUUCGCUGUGGCAUUGCUCUCACAGAGAUCGACUUGCUUUGGAAACUCACCCUGGACAACGAUGAAGUCCUCUCCAAUGCUUGUGUUUAUGAGGAAUCAUCCGAUAGCGCCAGCAAAAUUGCCGUAAGAGCAGCUAUUAAGACAACUUGUGUGGGAUCUAUAGAGCUGGCCGAGCAAGCGGAGCAAACCCUGCACUUCAAACUAAUUUCCAAACUAACCGGGCGUCUGAAUAUCUUGGGAGUCGUCUGCCGAGUGGCAGCUACUGCCGAUCCGGCAGCCAGUCUCUUGGGCUCCUUGCAGUUCGAGACACAAAGGAUCAGGUCGAACAACGCCAAGCAUUCCUCACAGUCCCUACUAGACAACCGAUUGAGCAUUAAAUUGGUGCCCACCCUACCCGCUAUGAGUGUCAGCUUCAGUCCUGUGCCCAGCAAGCUGUUGGCUGGUGAGAUAGUUCCUGUUUACGUUACGCUCCGGAAUCUGGGAAUCGCUCCGAUCGAAGAGAUCUAUCUGGGCUGCGAUAAUCCUCGAUGCCUGACGCUUCUGGACCAGCACAACCAAAUGCCAUUGGCUAUGAUGAGCUCUCUUCGUAACUUAUCGAAUGACAAACUGGUGAAGGACAAAGAAAUCCGUGGACAGCGUGUUUUCCGCCUGCUGCAACGUUCCGGCCAGGCAGCACUCGAUGCCCAACAGGGUCAAACCAUUACCAUGUGGAUACAGGCGCCACACGAGGCCGGUGCCUUUACCCUCCGCUUGUUGUUCUACUACUCCUUGCCAGCGACGGCAAACUCACCCAUUAAGUAUCGCCUAGUUCGCCACAUUUGGGAGCUGCAGGUGGAGAGUUGCAUUCUGGCCGAUUCCACAUGCGUGGUUAGCAAUGCAGUUACGAAUGAGCUGGGCGUGGAUGUCAACGUGAGAAACCAGCACGCAGCGGAGGGAACGGAAGUGUACAUGAACUCCCUUUCCCUCUACUCAAAGGACUUUAACUUAAAUCCAGAUAUUCUAUUCUUCAUGAACGGCGAAGGAGUGAGAGCCGGACAAGCAGGAGACCUGUGCCUCAAAUCUUCCAUAUCCUGCAAUUUCCAGUGUCGCCUGCAGGAGAGGGACACUAAGGAACAGUUCCAAGACAUUCCAACGAUCAAGACCUUGUUGCAAUCUCGACUAUCACACCGGAAGCUUAUGCCAGUCCAGAAUCUUCAGCAAGUGGAGCAGCACUUGCCCGCGAUCCACGAUCCGCAUAGUUUUCUCACCAACGAGGAGACGGUUUUCUUCAAUACCAACAUUUCCACGGAGGAGUUCAAUGCUAGCAUCGCCCGCUACGUGCCCCAUGCCACUCUUGCUUUGAGCUGGAGUGCUUUGGUGGUCAGAGAAGAGGGUCAACGCUUGACAAGUGGACUGCACUUCAUAAAGCUCUAUAAACUCUACGAAACUGGGCAUUGCCCGGCCUCGCCUGCAGAGUCCUUACUGCGAAGAAGACAAUCUUCCGACGAGCCAUUAGAGAACCUUCGAGAGUUCCCACUUCCAGAGGGCUCCCUCAACAAUGAGGAAGCCUGCGAACUGGUGGUCGACGACCAGGAAGAGGACUACUGGGAGCCCAACGAGCACUUUGUAGGUCAACGCUGUCUUCUCGAGGACGAGAGCUUUGUGCUGGCUGUUAAAGCUUAAAUCUAACAAUAAUUGUGUCUGUAAAUCGGUCAUGUGAUGUUUCAAGAAUGGGUUUUGAAUUUCCAAAACUGA